AAACAAUAUCUUUUGAUGAUGAUAAUAUAUCUACUGCUUCAAAUUAUGAAGAAGAAUUAAUUCCAUAUGAAAUAUUUAAUAGUAAUUCUCAUAAUAGCAAAGAUGAAGAUCAAGAGUAUAUAUCAAAAUUUAUGAUAAAGUUAUGUAUAAAAGAACAAAAUGGAAUUGCUUUUUCAGCUAAACGAUUAUCAUUUAAUACUCAAUUAUGUAUGGAAUUUCACGAAGAAAUGCAGUUGCAAAUUCAAAGUUUAACAAAUAACUUUAAAUUAGAUCAAAAGGAUUAUAUUUUAAAUAAGCAUGCAAUUACAAAACAAAAAGAAGUUUUUAUUAUAGCAACUAUGCUAUCAAAUAUAUCAACUACUUCUAAUAAGCGUAAAAGCAAAAAAUCUAAGGUUAACAAAAUUUCAAAUGAAACUAGUCUUGAUCAAUCUAAACGUGAUCUAGCAACAAUUAUUUCAAUUUUACAUGAAGAAAGAUUUUGUAAUCAAUGUGGAACACCUUGUUGGCCUACUGAUCAAGGUCAUAUUAAAUUAACAGGCGCUCAUUAUACAGUUUGGGCUCGUAGUAUAAUUAAUAGUUUUAAUGAUACAACAUCUCCACCUAAUCAUUCAAUAUUUCAAGCGCCACCAAAGCCAAGAGGAAUAAAAACUAAUAAUGCUAGCUUGGAAUUUACUUCUCCACCAUAUUUUAUACCAAUGCCACAAUUUAUAUAUUCUUCAGCAUCACAAACUUCUUUUUCGCCAUAUCAAUCAUUUUCUCCAAUAUCACAAUUUUCUACUUCACAGUAUUAG